AUGGCGCCCGACAAAGACCCGAACUUCCCUCCUAAUCUCGACAUCCACCCCCUCGAGAGCGCGACGUCCGACGCGGACGCCCGCUUCGAUUCCGCCGCGCAGGAAGACGCCAUAAAGACGUAUGGCAUUGCGGGGCGUAUCUGGUACGCGUCCCACGCGAUGCUCGCGUACCUAGAUCCACAGUCGCCCCUGGAGUUCGACCCGCCGCCGCCUACGUCCUCGACAUCACCCGGCGGCCUCCCACCCACCACCACUAAAUUUACCGGGGGCACCGGAUUUGUCGCGACGCGCGUGGCCGAGUGGAUGCACCCCGACCGCGACCUCCUCAUCGGAACCGAUCUUCCGGACGUCUGCGAGAUGCUAGAAACGAAUCUGCACGCAUGUCCCGCCGUCAGAGUGCGCCCGCUCGCGUGGGGCUCUCGGGAGCAUGUUAGCAGCAUCGCGGACGAGCUUGGGCUCUCUGUGGGCAGACCCUCUCCACGCCAGCUCACCCACGUGCUGUGCAGCGACCUCAUCUACUUCCCUGCGUUGCUCGCGCCGCUCCUCCGCUCUCUCCUCCAUCUGACAUUGCCGCCCUUGGUUGACGAGACGUAUGCGCACCCCGCAUCGGUGGUCCUGUCAUACAAGAUGCGCAGCCUGGCGAAGGAGACUCCAUUUUGGACCGCGUUCGGCCUAUGGUUCGAAUUUGCGCCGGUGCUCGCGCGACGCCGACCUUCACUAGCAGAAGAAGCUCAGUCUACUGUCGAGGCGCCGGUUGAGGAGUGGUCUAGGUUUUCACCGGGAGACGACCUUGACGAGACUUUGGUUAUCGUCGCGACGCGCCGGCCUGGUUCAAUGUUGUGGCAGAUACCUGAAGAUGAUACCGCCCUGCUCGCUGGGGCUGGGGCGUAUGGAACGGACUCCUCCAAGUCGGAUGACCAGUUCGAGCGGUUUCUGCUCUUGGGGAUGGAUGUCUGA